UCGUCUGUGCUGCUGUGUAAACUGCUUUAAACGACUCAUCACACCGGCGAGCCGAUCUGAGGGCAGGAUGGCAGGACGGGAGUCCAGGUUCUACGCGUUACUCUAUCGCUCCAACGUUUCAGGAAUAAGAGGUCUCUACAACUACGGGUUGUCCUGUUGUGUGAACGCGCUGCUCCAGUCGUUUUCUGCCACCUGGGAACUCGUGCGCGUACUGGACAGGUGGGAGCCCCCUGCACGUGAGGGGGACUUCCUUAAUGUCCCCCUGCAGCUGAAGAGAGCCGUUAAAGCCAUGCAGAGCGACCAUUCCCAGCCCGCUCCUCACCAGCACCUCCUGCGCUGUCUGGACAAAAACCACAUCUCUCUUUACAAACAGCACGACGCUGAUGAGGUGUUCCUCUCCAUGUUGAACUACAUGGAAAAGCAUAUGGAUGACAAGGCUCUGGCUCUUGAAAUUCACAACCUCUACCGGAUUUCAGUGGAAACGUACCUUGAGUGUUUAGAUUGUGCACACAUCCUGUCUGGGAGCAGCUACCUCCUCAGCUUGCCCCUACACAUUAGAGCGGAGCAAAACUCUCUGGAAGACCGCAUCAAGUCCUUUUUUGAGCUUCAGGAGCUGAAUGGCAGAAACAAGUGUCGGUGUGCGCAAUGUGGAUCCAAGACUCAAUGCAGACAGGGUCUCAAACUGCUCUCCCUCCCCCCUGUUCUGCCUGUGCACCUAAAGAGAUUUCACAAUUAUCAUGGCUACAUUCGGAAACUUGACUGCAAGGUGACGUUUCCAGAGACCUUCGACUUCCGGGACAUCCUGAAAGAGGAGGCAUUCUCAAAGAAUUAUGUCCAGAAGGAAUCCAAGUACAUGUUGUACGCAGUAAUAGUACACUUAGGUACUGUGAUGUCAGGACAUUACACUGCAUAUGUUCGUCACCAUGGAGGCUGGUAUUACGCAAACGACAGUCGUGUGAAUCAGGCCACUUGGGAAGAUGUUCAAGAUACAUAUGGAGGACUUGUCAGCGGUACGGCGUACAUGCUGCUGUACAGAAGAACAAAAGACGAGGCGGAGGAACCGAAAUGUUCAGGCUGACAGGAUGGAUCGAGACCUAGGGGUCAACUUUGAGGCGUCAACAUGGCCGGGUGUAUUUUGGAACGAGACUCUACCAACCUAUUUCAUCUUGUCAACUUGUGCAAUUUGUUCUUUGCCCCGUCAUCA